AUGCUCUCUAUCGCCACUCGCUCUCUCAAGUCUUCUGGCUUCAAGCCUGCUGUUCGUUGUCUUGCUGCUGUCCGCACCAAGGUCACUCUUCCUGAUCUUCCUUACGGCUAUGACGCUUUGGAACCUUACAUUAGCACUGAAAUUAUGAAGCUUCACCACUCCAAGCAUCACCAAGCUUACGUCAAUGGCUACAACCAAGCUGAAGAAAAGUUACAAGGCUCUUUCCAAGCUGGCAACUUGACUGAACAAAUCUCUCUCCAAAACGCUAUCAAGUUCAAUGGUGGUGGUCAUAUCAACCAUAGCUUGUUCUGGAAGAACCUUGCUCCCAAGAGCGCUGGUGGUGGUGAUUUGCCUCAGGGCGAUCUUUUGAGUGCCAUUGAAAGCGAAUGGGGUUCCUUUGAUGCCUUCGUUUCCAAGUUCAAUGCUGCUGCUGCUGGUGUUCAAGGCUCUGGUUGGGCUUGGUUGGGUUACAGCAAGGAAUCUAAGCGUCUUGCCAUCGCCACUACUCCUAACCAGGAUCCUUUGCUUUCCCACGUUCCUCUUCUUGGUGUCGAUGUUUGGGAACACGCCUACUACUUGCAAUACAAGAACGUCCGCCCCGAUUAUCUCAAGGCCAUCUGGGAAGUCAUCAACUGGAAGGAGGUUGCUGAGCGCUUUUCCAAGGCCCAGUAA